CCAUGACGUCAUUCACUGUGCCGGUCGGUACUUUCUCCCCUCGAAAGCCUCUUUCUCUGUGCCUCAUCCCUCCGGGGAAACAAAAAUCUGGGAGUGGCAGGAAGGAGGAGAGCCAGAGGACGAAGAGGAAAGCAGAAGGUGAAGCAGCUAAAUAUUGACGUCGCAUCAUCACUGCGUUUACGACAGCAGCAUGGCCGAGGGCACGGUGUCUAUGGCAGAAGUGGAGACGUCCUUCCAGAAGUUUGCAGUCCAUGGAGACACCAAAGCAACCGGGAAGGAGAUGAAUGGGAAGAACUUUGCCAAGAUGUGCAAAGACUGUCACAUUAUAGACGGCAAGAACGUCACCACUACGGAUGUCGACAUAGUUUUCAGCAAAGUCAAGGCAAAGUCCGCUCGUGUCAUCACGUUUGAGCAGUUCAACCAGGCCCUGACAGAGCUGGCUCCAAAGCGGUUCAAAGGGAAAGGCAAAGAGGAGGCCGUUCAGCAGAUCUACGGUCUCAUUGCUGGGAAGGAUCCAGCCAACGCCGGAGUCACUAAAGUUGCGAAAGCAGCAGCAGUGGACAGACUGACUGACUCGUCCAAGUACACCGGCUCACACAAGGAGCGCUUCGACGACUCGGGCAAAGGGAAAGGAAAGUCCGGGCGAGAGGACAUUCCAGACACCAGUGGAUAUGUGUCCGCCUACAAGGGUAGUGGCACUUAUGAGGAAAAAGUUAAAAAUCCAUAAUCAAGUAAAACAAACAAACAAAAAAUUACAUAACCAAUGCACUGGGCAGUUUUGAGAACAAUAAAAUGAGCUAAAACAGCAAUUUCAUGGUGCACGACAUCUAAAGAUAUCAUAAUGUAUAUUGCUGAAUGUUAUUUAGCAGGAACCAAAGGAAGAAUGCUUGCUUUCUAGAGCAGUUCUGCUUUACUUUAAUUGUGCCUCACUAUAGUUGCAGUCUCCACUGUAAAGGCUUUGAGACAUUGUGCUGUUUUACUUAAGCUGUAUUGACUCAAUGUCAAUGAAUUGUUAGUUUCGAGAAGCUAUACUACUGAGAGCCACUUUUUAUUUGCUACCGUUUAUAUUCCCAUUAUGACAAUAGCAAAAUAAUAAAUGACAUUGUCUUUCAGGUUGCACUGACAUGAAAAAAAACAAACUGCAUUAAACUUUACAGAUGAAGUCGUGGCAACUUA